GGACAGCGAGCCUGAAGGAGCAGGGGUGAGACGGGCCUGGGACUCCGAAAGGAAAAUAGGAGAGAAAAGAGGACGAGAGCAAAGGAAGAAGAUGCAACUGACUCGCUGCUGCUUCGUGUUCCUAGUGCAGGGCAGCCUCUAUCUGGUCAUCUGUGGCCAGGACGAGGGCCCCCCUGGCUCGGAGGACCCCGAGCAUGAUGACCACGAGAGCCAGCCCCGGCCCCGGGUGCCUCGGAAGCGGGGCCACAUUUCACCUAAGUCCCGUCCCAUGGCCAACUCCACCCUCCUAGGGCUGCUGGCUCCACCCGGGGAGGCAUGGGGGGUCCUUGGGCAGCCACCCAACCGCCCAAACCACAGCCCCCCACCCUCAUCCAAAAUGAAGAAAAUCUUUGGUUGGGGUGACUUCUACUCCAACAUCAAGACGGUGGCCCUGAACCUGCUCGUCACGGGGAAGAUCGUGGACCACGGCAACGGGACCUUCAGCGUCCACUUCCGACACAACGCCACAGGCCAGGGCAACAUCUCCAUCAGUCUUGUGCCUCCCGGUAAAGCUGUGGAGUUCCACCAGGAGCAGCAGAUCUUCAUCGAAGCCAAGGCCUCCAAAAUCUUCAACUGCCGGAUGGAGUGGGAAAAGGUGGAAAGGGGCCGCCGGACCUCGCUCUGCACCCACGACCCAGCCAAGACCUGUUCCCGAGACCAUGCUCAGAGCUCAGCCACCUGGAGUUGCUCCCAGCCCUUCAAGGUCGUCUGUGUCUACAUCGCCUUCUACAGCACGGAUUAUCGGCUGGUCCAGAAGGUGUGCCCAGAUUACAACUACCAUAGCGACACCCCCUACUACCCUUCCGGGUGACCUUGGGCAGGGCGCAGAGCCCAGGCCAGGGCUGGAAGGGCAGGUCUGCCCAUGCAGGAGGCCAUCUGUCUGGACACUGGGCAGGGCAGGGGAGGGGCCUCAGGCAGGGACAGGGUGGAGAAGAGGAGAGACCAAGUGGGGCCAGGGCCUUUGCAAGCGGCAGGGAAGGGGUCCCAAGUGCCGGGCCCCACCUGAGAUUGUGGAGCGACCAGCAGACAGGUGCACUGGAAGAGAAGUGGGUUCCUGUGCAGCCUCACCAGGCAGUCUCUUGGUCCAGCAGGUACCUGGGGCAAGCAGACCAGGGUGGCCCCAGGAAAAGUCAUGGGGAAGAGCCUAGAACCUCAGCUCCUGCCCUGCCAUCCUGAGAAAGGACAGCCACAAGAAGAGGAGGGAUUUCAUCAGUGUGGACAACAAGUGGGCACCUAGGAUGGCUGAGAGAAGGAUUCCCAGGUGCCAGGGGUGCGUCGUGGGGUGUGGCCGGAGGAACCCUCCAGCCCAGCCCAGAGGGCAGCUGAGCCCCUCGUCCGGGACUGAGCACGGAAUGAGGCUGAUGUGGUGACCCUUUGAUGUCUUGAUCAAUAGACCAUCUGCCCCCAGCCAGGCCACCCUUCUCCAGAAUUCCCUUCCCUGCCAUGCUGCCCACUGCCGCCCACCCUCUGCGGGUGGCGCUCUCAUCCUUGAGCUGAGACAGAGCGAUCGAGGUCCUCCUGGCGCCGGAGGCCGAGUGUGGAAGCCCACCCGCGCACCCUGUGUCCCUCCUCAACCGCACCCCCCUGCUGGCUCCAUCGGGAGCUCCCCGCCUCAGUGACCCACCCCUCAGUUGUCAGCCUUGCCUGUCAGCUCUCCCAGGGUAGGGACGCUGCCACCCUCUUGGCCGUGGGGCUAUCAGCUGCUUGGAGUGGCGAGGGGCACCUGGGGUGCUGGGUCUAUUCCUUCGUGUAUGUCGGUGGGAGGGGCCGGGGGAGGGAGGUCUUGUGAAAUCACCUGAUUGUUGACUUCUGUUUGCGGAAUCUUGUUCUUGAGGCAGGGAAUAAAGCUUUCCUGGGGCA